AUGUCCGGCGCAAACGCCCCCGAAAUCCUCGCCGCCUACGAAUCCGUCCGCUCCGACAAAGACCCCGCGAACUGGCUCCUAAUAUCCUACGCCUCGGCCGUCGGGGACACCCUUAAACUAGACUCCACAGGCACAGGCGGACUCUCCGAACUCGCUGAGAAGCUGGACAACAACCAAGCCCAAUAUGCCUAUGUGCGCGUCGAGUACGCCAAUGACACCGAGAGUAAGCGGGUGAAGUUCGUGCUGAUUAUCUGGAUUGGGGAGGGUACGAAGGUUAUGCGGAAGGCGAGGGUUAGUAUUGAGAGUGGUGAAGUUAAGAGGGUGUUGGGGCAUCAUAGCAUCCAGGUUGAUGCGAGGGAUAAGGGGGAUUUGGAGGAGGGCGAUAUUGUGGUUAGGUUGAGGAAGGCGGGUGGUGCGGAUUAUAAUGGUGGGCGAGGGUAG